UCUGAUAUUCAUUCCCUCUUGUCUUAGUCUGUUUGGACUGCUAUAACAAAAUACAAUAGACUGGGUGACUUCUAAACAACAGAAAUUUAUUUCUCAUGGCUCUGGAGGCUGGGAAGCCCAAGAUCAAGGUGCUGGCAGAUUCAGUGUCUGAUGAGACCCUGCUUCCUAGUUCAUAGGCAACCACCUUCUUGCUGUGCCCUCACAUGGUGGAAGGGAUGAGGGAGCUCCCUGGGCCUCUUUUAUAUGGGUGCUACUCCCAUUCCUGAGGGCUCCACCUUCAUGACUUAAUCACCUUCCAAAGGCCCCAUCUUCAAAUACCAUCACACUGGGUAUUAGGUUUCAACAUAUGGAUACUGAGGGAACACAAACAUUGUCUAUAGCACCUGUACAAUCACUUUCUGGAACUGUUAUAAUUAUAACCAUUGCAUUAUAAUUGACCAGGGUGCCAAGUUUUCAAGUUAAUGUUGCCAAAUCCCCGUUUUAUUUUCAGUCCUUCUUAUCUCAAGCUUAUCCUGCCUUUGCCUUUUCCUUUCAUUGUUCUCCUGUUUCAACUCCUCCAUGCAUAUAUUUUUCUUGUAAAGAACACAAAGGUCCUCUCGGAUCCUCGCUUCCAAGAUGACCAAGAAAAGAAGGAACAAUGGUCAUGCCAAAAAGGGCCGCGGCCAUGUGCAACCCAUUCGUUGCACCAACUGCGCCCGAUGCGUGCCCAAGGACAAGGCCAUUAAGAAGUUCGUCAUUCGAAACAUAGCAGAGGCCGCAGCUGUUAGGGACAUUUCCAAAGCGAGUGUCUUUAACGCCUAUGUGCUUCCCAAGCUAUAUGUGAAACUGCAUUACUGUGUGAGUUGUGCCAUUCACAGCAAGGUAGUCAGGAAUCAUUCGCGUGAAGCCCGGAAGGACCGAACACCCUCACCCCGAUUUAGACCUGCGGGUGCUUCCCUACAACCUCCACCAAAGCCCAUGUAAGGAGCCAAGUCCUUAAGACCAAAGAAAUAUUCUCUGGGGGAAAAAAAUAAAACGGAAAUUAUACU